AUGAAAUUAUAGUUAACUACGCUGACUGGCACGGGGUGCUUUUGGCUCGAAACUGAGCCAAAAGCACCCGUGCCAGUCAGUCUAGUUAACUAUAUCUGGAUUGCAUAUCUUUAAAGACUAUAACCAAGCAUCAAGCAAUCAAAGAAGAGUCUUAAUAAAGCUUGCAGAGCCUUUUAUUGAUUCUCUUCAACAUAUUGAUACAAAUUUCAACGAAACUAUAGUGAUCUCAGACUACGGCUCAGCCGAAGGCUAUAACUCAGUUGCAUUCUUUAAUCAAACUCUCCCAAGAUUUCGAGAAUUUUCCCAAAAACCUAUUAUGAUUAUUCAUAACGACUUGCCAGAAAAUAACUGAAAUACAACCUUCAAAACCCUCGAAGAUUCAGAUUCUUACGUUAAAAUCCCAAAUGUUUAUUUUUCCGGGCUAGGAAGAACUUUUAUUCAGCAGAUUUUCCCCAAUAAUUAUGUUCAUAUCGGAAUCUCUUCCUUAGCCUUUCAUUUUUUGCCUCAAUCUUUCUCAGUAUUCGAUCACAUUUGUCCUUCAUCUACAAAUGACCUUAUAUUAAAGCAGCAAAUAGCAGAAGUUGCACAUAGCCAUUUCAUUAAUAUUUUAACUCAAAGAUAUAAAGAAUUAGUCGAUCUAGGGAGAUUGCUUAUAAUUAUCCCAACAGAAACUGUAGGUAUGCUAUAUCCUGCAGUCCCAAUACAAAUAGUUAAUGAAAAUAUGUAUGCUAAAGGGGUGAUAAAUGAAGAAGAAAAAGGAAAAAUAACGAUUCCCACGUAUGGAAAAAGCGAUGAAGAAAUCCAAAGGGCUUUAGAAGAAGUCAAGCAUUUAUAUAGAAUUAUAGAGAAUAAAAAAGUUGAUGAUGAUUGAAAACUUACAGAAGAAAAUAAAGAAGAAUUUUUGGAGAGUUUGAAAUUAUUGGCUAUUAAGCAUCUUGAAACGUGCUUAAAGAGGGUGGUUAAGAGAGAUGAAGAAGAAGUUAAAUUAAUAAUUGAGGAAUAUAGAAAAGAAAUAGAAGUUAUUGUGGAAAACACACCGUUCACAAGAUUCCCAACAUUCCAUUUAAUUAUAUUAGAAAAAAUUCCUUUUUAA